GCCUGAUCCUGGUAUCUCUCCCAUGCCCACGUCGAGUAAUCCUACCUAGCUUGAAGUCUUCUGUCCUGGUGAGUGAGCAAGAACCUAUCACGAGAUACCUGAGAUGAAUUUGUUGCUUAUGCUGGAGGGAUCUAGAAGUAACUUUUUCGAGAAUUGGUCUUAUUGAACAGCAGCCAUGGCAAUGCCUGACAAAGUCGCCACGCCCGUCGCCGAUGAGCCCUACCUUGUUGCGGACGCUUUUCUCGAGGCAUUAGCAGAAAGCGGCGUUGAUUACCUUUUCGCAGUCUUGGGAUCAGAUCAUCCCAGUAUCAUUGAGGCUUAUGUCCGAAGGCAGAAUGUCCGGACCAAGCAGUUCCCUCGCAUGAUAAUUUUCCAACAUGAGUUUGCUGCAAUUUCAGCUGCCGACGGCUAUGCGAGAUUGACUCACAAACCUGCCUGUGUAAUCGCACACGUCGACGUUGGCACGGCGGCACUCGGCCAGGGCUUGCACAACGCCUCUAGUGGCCGAGCGCCCGUGGUGAUUUUCGCCGGUGUGGCCCCUUCAACUCUCUACGGAGAAGCUGCUGGGUCUCGUUCCGAGCAUGUGCAAUGGUACCAGGACGUUCCGAAUCAGGCGGCUCUCGUCGCGCCAUAUAGCCGUUACACGGCGGAAAUCAAGUCAGCCGAUAAUGUCCAGACCAUUGUCCAUCGUGCUGUAUUGAUGGCUAGCACCGGUUCGCCCGGACCAGUGUACUUGACUGCUACGAGAGAGAUCUUAGCCACAGCUAUUGACGGCCCUAGGCCACGCCUGGCCCCCGUUCCCUCCUGCCAGUUAGGCGCAUUGCCAUCGAUAGGAGUAAAGCUGAUCGGAACCGCGCUCCUUGGAGCCACGGCUCCGCUGGUCAUAACAGGUUACCUGGGACGGAAUCAUCAGGCAGUGCAAAGUCUUGUUGCGUUGGCCGACCUUGUCAAAGGGCUUAAGGUCUUCGACUCGGAACUGCGGGAAGUCAGCUUUCCGGCCGAUCAUCCGGCAUGUGUAACCCGGAGUACCGGUGCAGCCAAGGCAGUGCAGACGGCCGAUGUCAUUCUGGUUCUUGACGCAGAUGUUCCUUGGAUUCCUACCAAGGUCAAGCCGUCUCCGGAAGCGCGUAUAUUUCAUGUCGAUCUCGACCCGAGGAAGGAACGGAUGAAUGUCUUCGAUCUCGGAGCUGUCUUGACUUACCAUGCGGACAGCGGAGCCGCUUUAGGUCAAAUCUAUGAUUUCAUUGCCAGCUCCGACCUCUUAGGUACCUUGACGACUGUAUUUGACGAACGAUGGGAGGAAUUGAAUCAAUCCUAUACUCAGGGAAAACAAACCAUCCUUUCGCGUGCUGCAAAGUCCAUCGAAAAUCUAAACGCGCCAUGUGAUAUUGACUACCUUUGCAGUAUGAUCCGAGCCAUAGUUCCAUCAGAGACUCUUUUCGUCACCGACUCUGUCACAAACCAGGCGGCCAUGGCCGAGCAACUCCAGCUUACCAGACCUGGCUCCCACAUAACCAAGGGAGGCAGUGGCUUAGGCUGGGCCGGAGGUGCUGCAAUCGGCGCCAAACUGGCAGCAACGCUCUACGAUCUUUCAGACCGCCCUCACGUUCGUCGCAAGCCAUUGAAUGAUCCGUCGCCCGACCCAUUCGUCUGCGUGGUCUGUGGAGAUGGUAGCUUUGUUUUCUCGGCUCCAACUGCAGUAUACUGGGCGAGCUAUCGCUAUAGCUCUCCGUUUCUAACAGUUAUUCUCAACAAUGGCGGCUGGCGGGCCACUAGACAGUGCAUUGUAGACGUCCAUCCUCGUGGCAAUGCAAGCAAACUUUCAAAUGCAGAUUUGGGCAUCUCGUUGGAAAAUGAUGGGCCGAACUACGGCGAGGUGGCUAGGGCGGCGGCCAACGGGCAUCUGUGGACGAGAAAGGUAGAGCAGGCCUCGGCGUUGGAGGAAGCGCUCAGAGAGGCCGUGCGGGUGGUGACCGAAGAGAAGAUCUCGGCUGUUCUGGACGUUAUCAUCAAAUAGAUCCGCAGCCGUCGACCGGGGCA